CUUAAUUUAUACAAAAUUCUUUUGCAGAUGUAUAUGAAUUAGUGUAGUGUUUUGAAUGAAUUCUAUUUUAAAGCAAUAAGAAUAGUGUCGUUAACUUGUAUAACUAAAAACCAAUCAAAAUUUUAUAUUAUGGAUACUCAAUAUAAAACUAUACACCCAAUGAAAUAUUUACAAGAUCAUCUGGCACAAGAUGUUCGACCAGAUGGAAGACAAUUUUUAUCAUUUCGUCCAAUAAGUGUUAACAUUUCAUCCAUCACUCACGCCGAUAGUUCAUCAAUAUUUAAAAUUGGUAAUACAACAGUUGUAUGCGGUAUUAAAGCCGAAUUAGCAACACCGAAAACUAUAUCUUCCGAAUGUGGAUAUAUUAUACCAAAUAUUGAACUUUCUCCAUUAUGUUCUCCAAAAUUUCGACCAGGUCCACCGAGCGACCAAGCACAAGUUAUUUCAAAAACAAUAGAGAAUAUUUUAAGAAAUUCUGCGGCUGUUGAUUUAAAAGAUCUUUGUAUUUGUAAAGGUAAACUGGUAUGGGUAUUAUAUUGUGAUUUAUUAUGUAUCAACUAUGAUGGUUCAGUAAUCGAUGCUUGCAUCGGAGCUUUGACCAGUGCACUUAACACACUAUGUUUACCUGAGACAGUUUACAAUGUAACAACAGGAAAUAUUUCUAUACAUUCUACAAAAAAGACAAAGUUUCCAAUUAAAACAUUACCAGUAUCAGUAACAUUUGCAGUAUUUGAUGAUCAAUUAUUAAUUGCUGAUCCUACUGACGAGGAGGAAAGUUUAUGUUUGGGAAAAUUAACAAUUGUAAUGGACGAAGAAAAAAUUUGUUGCAUACACAAGCCUGGUGGAAUUCCUAUUUCGCACAAUCUAUUUUCAAAAAGUUUAGCAAAAUCUAAAAAAAGAGCAGAGUUAGUAAGAUCACUAAUUAUCACUGCUAUAUCAUCAACCAGAAACGAAGAAUCAAAAGAAUGAUAAAUUGUAU